AUGUCGUCGCCCGUGGGGCAGAGGGCGCUCAGCACUCUGGCAAAGACGCUCCACCCGCAGCUCCCUCUUACGCCCCGGGAGAGCCAGCAGCUGCUCAGUCUGCUGACCACCUCCUUCCGCAACCACCUCGACCGUGAGCACCCCGUCCACACCAGCGAGAAGGCCCACAAUUCUGUGGCUCGUACUGAUGCGCGCCGUGACGACCACAGCGCCCUGCACGGCCCGUGCUCGGCGGCGCUGGCUUCACGCCACAUCAAAACCGUCUUGUUGAACCCGCUGUUCGCCGUGAAGCCCUCUCGACACGUGAAGCUCUCUCGACAAGAAAAGCCCUCUCGACAAGAAAAGUCCUUUCGACAAGAAAAGUCCUCUCCACAAGAAAAGCCCUCUCGACAAGAAAAGUCCUCUCGAGAAGAAAAGCCCUCUCGAGAAGAAAAGCCCUCUCGAGAAGAAAAGCCCUCUCGAGAAGAAAAGCCCUCUCGAGAAGAAAAGCCCUCUCGACAAGGCCCAGAGUCGGCCGCCUUGGGCGUCCUGAGCGAUCCGGUGGGUUGGUUCCUCAACGACAUCGCCGCCGGCAAUGCAUCCCUAUCGAAGGCUGCUCUGGUCCUCGACAUACUCGGCAGUCGCCCAUCCCCGCCGACCUCGCAACCGCAGAAGGGCAGAACAGCAGGCGCUGUGAUUGGUGAUUGGUUGCACUCUAGUGGCUUGUACAACUCCAGCGAGUUCCUCGACAUGUGCCUCGUGAAGCCAAGCGCCAAGCGGCCGACGACGUUCAUGUCGCGCCUCGUGGCUGCUAUGAUGGUCGACGGCAAGGAGGCGCUUCUCUGGAAGUGGUUCUUGAAUCGGUUCGCUCAUGACGUGAGCUCCGUGCAGGCCAUCUCGUUCAGGAAGCAGCUGUUGAAGCACAUGGUGGUAGCCAGAGCUGCCCAGGACCUGCAUGGGGCUAUUGCGCUGUUCAGCAGAGCGCACCAGAUGGUCGAAGAGCAGCCCGACAAACGAUGGGAAGAGCUCAGGCCUGCUGGUCAGUACCUGGUGCAGGCCGUCAUGUCCAAGUCGACUGCCUCGGUGGACAAUGAUCUCUACAAUUCCUUCCGGCGCAAUGUCCGACUUUGGGUUCCUAACCAAUGGGCGCAGGCCGUGAAUUCGAUGCUGUGCCUGCACCACCCCGAUAAACCAUCCGCUAGACCAGGCCUCGACUUCAUUGAAGACCCUGCCGGAGCUGCUACAUACGCCAAUGCCAAACCAGCUCAACGACGCUUCGUAGUGCAGGUCAGCUUGGGCGUCGCUCGACAGCUCCUUGAGCAAGAGCGCUACCACGAAGCCCAGACUGUCAUGGCCUUUACCAAACAGCACUUUUCUGACCUGGUGUUGGAGAAUCUCCCUACUGCACAGAAGAAAGCUGUCCAGCGUCAAUCGAACAAGAUCAAAAAGGCAGAGACAGACGAGGAGACGAAUCUUGCGCUUUUGGACGGUCUUGCCUUUACAUGA